CAAACCAGUAACCAAGCCAGCUAGUCACACUCACUCAGCAACAGGGCUUGAUCUCAAAGAUGGCUGCAUAUGUCUUCCUCUUCCUGGUGCUGCUCUCCUCCCUCUUCUCCGGCAUGGCAGCGGACCAGUGCCACGACGACGACUUUGCGGCCCUUGUCGCCAUCGACUCCGCUUUGGGCAGUCCCUACCACUUCGCCUCCUGGACACCUGACUCCGCCUGCUGUGAUUGGCACGACGUCGAUUGUGACGCUGCCACAGGCCGCGUUGUCGGCCUCUCCGUCUCUCAGGACACCAACAUCUCCGGCGCCAUCCCAGACGCCAUAGGCAACCUCACCUAUCUCCAGACUCUAACUCUACACCACCUGCCGGCCAUCUCCGGUGCCAUCCCGGACUCCUUUGCCAUGCUCACCAACCUCUCCCAACUCACCAUCUCCUACACCGGCCUCACUGGCCCGAUCCCCUCCUUCCUUAGUGUGCUCACCGAGCUCACCCUCCUCGACCUUUCCUACAACUCCCUCACCGGCGUCAUCCCGGCAUCCCUUGCCGACCUUCCCAACCUCUCUAGCCUCAAUUUACGCCGCAACCGCCUCACUGGCCCCAUCCCACUGCUCCUCCUCAGCAAUUCCCCCGACCAGGCCUCCCUCUUGCUCUCCCACAAUAACCUCUCCGGCAUCAUCCCAUCCGAGUUCUCCACCGUCAACUUCACCCACAUCGACAUCUCCCACAACGCCCUCACCGGCGAUGCUUCAUGCCUCUUCGGCGCGGUAAAGCCGCUCCAGUACCUCGACGUGUCCCGCAAUGCGGUGAACUUCAACAUGUCCAGCGUGGAGUUCCCGGUGCAGCUGUCCUACGUGGACCUCAGCCACAACGCCAUCCGAGGCAGCGUCCCGAUGCAGGUGGCCAGCCUGACUGGCCUCCAGCAGUUCAACGUGAGCUUCAAUAGGCUCUGCGGUACGGUGCCCACCGGCGGCAACAUGGCGAAAUUCGACCGUUACAGCUACCUCCACAACAAGUGCCUCUGCGGCACGCCGCUCACCGCAUGCCGUCAACGACCCAUUAACCGCAACUAAUUAAUUAGAAUCAUUAUCAUAAAAUCGAUGAUAGGUUCUUCCAAGUUAAGUAAGACAGCAACAAGAUUUUCGAGCAAGGUACUAAUGAAGCGAUUAGUAUGAUAUGUAUGAGAACCUACUAAUGAAGCGAUUAGUAUGAUAUGUAAGACAUGAACCAUAAAGCUCGAACAUGGAUAUACACAUGAUGGAUGUACAUGUACUCGCUCGAUGUAUGUUGGAAGAAUCUAUAUAAGACUUGCCUUUGCUUGCUUCCA